AUGGGAAAGAGAAAGGCUUUGUUUCUUCUACUGCUGGUGGUGUGCUAUGCACUGGUGGUUUCAGUGGGUGGCUAUGAAGAAGAUGAAGGAAGAAGAGGGAGGGAACAGGAAGAGGAAGAGGAAGAGGAGAAGAGAGAAGGAGAAGAUGAGUCAUCGUUCUUGUUGCAGGAGUCAAAGCAUGUGGUGAAGACAGAAGCUGGGAAUAUGAAGGUGGUGAGGGGUUGGAGAGGUAAAGUUAUGGAUAAGCGUAUGCAUAUUGGUUUCAUUGACAUGGAACCUAGGAGUCUCUUCAUCCCUCAGUACCUUGAUUCCAGUCUCAUCCUCUUCAUUCGCAUAGGGGAAGCAAGAAUUGGGCAUAUCCACAAAGAUGAACUGGUGGAGAGGCGACUGAAGAGCGGAGAUGUGUACAGGAUCGCAGCCGGUUCGGCAUUUUACAUGGAAAAUACAGCAGAAGGGCAGAAACUUCAUAUCAUUUGCAGCAUCGACACAUCUGAGAGUUUAGAACGGAACACCUUCCAGUCUUUCUUCAUUGGUGGAGGAAUGAAUCCACCCUCUAUACUUGCUGGGUUCGAUCCCCACGUGCUGUCUGCUGCAUUUAAUGUCUCAGAAGAAGAAAUAAGGGAGAUUUUGAGUAGGCAACAAGAGGGCGCAAUCGUAUACUUGCACGAUUCUCAUCCGCCAAGCGUGUGGACACAAUUUGUGAAACAAGAACAGCAUGAGAGAAAAACACACCUUAAGAGAAUUGUCCACCUUGAAGAGGAAGCUGAUCAGGAAGAAGAAGAAUCUACUUGGUCAUUGAGGAAGCUUUUGAAUUCUGUAUUUGGAGUAGAAAACAAGAAAGAAGGAAAGAGUAGGAAAGGACCGGACUCCUACAACAUCUAUGAUCGUAACCCUGAUUUCAAGAACAGCUAUGGAUGGAGCAUGGCCAUUGAUGAGUCCGAUUAUUCUCCUCUUGGUGACUCCGACGUUGGUGUUUAUCUUGUCAAUCUUACUGCGGGAUCAAUGAUGGCACCACAUAUCAAUCCAAGAGCAACAGAGUAUGGAAUUGUGCUAAGAGGAACUGGUCGCGUCCAGAUUGUGUAUCCAAACGGAUCACUGGCGAUGAAUGCCAAAGUGAGCGAAGGCGAAGUGUUUCGGGUGCCACGGUACUUCCCAUUCUGCCACAUUGCAUCGCGAAGUGGCCCUUUUGAGUUCUUUGGUUUUGCUACAUCAGCACGCAAGACCAGGCCACAGUUCCUGGUCGGGGCGAACUCACUUCUGCAGACCAUGAGGGGACCUGAACUUGCAGCAGCAUUCGGAAUCAGCGAGGAGAGGCUUAGGAACAUCACCGAUGCUCAGCGCGAGGCAGUUAUCCUUCCUUCACCAUCCGUUGCUCCACCAGACAACACGCGAGACAGCAAAGAUAAAAGCAAGGUUGAUCUGAUACCGAAGGUCAUGAAGAACUUUGGCAAUGAUAUGGUAAUAGGUUUCUAUUAG